ACAUUUUAGUGUUGCAAAGUGACCCUGAAAUUUUAUUAUUUAAUUCAUUUUGACUCGUGCACGACAAAACACCAAAAAUUCCUGAGAAAAUAACAAAAUAAUUGUGAAAUUAAUAAAUCUAUAAAUAAAUUAAAUAUUAAAUAAUCAAUAAAAACUCUUACACAACAACAACUACACUACAAACAUAUAAAAAUGGGAAACGCUCCAGUCAAAGAAGUUGCCCAAGCUGCCGCCCCAGCUGUAAGUGCCGGUUCGGAACAGCCAGCAGCUAAACCCAAGUGCAAAGCCUGCUGUGCCUGUCCGGAAACAAAAAAAGUGAGAGAUCAAUGCAUUAUUGAAAAGGGUGAAUCUGAGUGUGGUGAUUUAAUAGAGGCCCACAAGAAAUGCAUGCGAGAUCAGGGUUUUAAUAUUUAAAUCCCGAAAAAAUAAAAUUGGCCAAAGCAACGUACUGUUAAUAUCAUCCACCCCCUUUCCCUCUCACUAUCAAAUCUGGAAUCAUAUUUAUUAAAUUUUAUUCUCGGCUUUUAUGUGUGUCACAACUCAAAGGAAUACAUCUCAGUCAGUCAUUAUUUAGUUAAUAAUGAACGCAAAAGAAAAACGCUUAAUUUAUUGUAUAUUUUUAGUUUAUUAGUUAUAAAAAAACCAAACAAAAUUCCUU